AUUACCACGCCCCAAUUCUUUCUCUCUAAUAAUCUCUUGACGUUGUUUUCCGCCGCCGGCGAUAACUCUUUUCUACGGCGCCGGCGAUAGAUCUUUUCUACGGCGAAGCACGCAGUAAGGUCUCUUUCAUCUCAAUAUCUAGCAGUAUCCAUUUCAUCCUGAAACAAUGAAGGAAUUCGACGCUGAAUUUGACUUCAAUUACGAAAUAUCUCAAACCGCUGAUUUCAUCCGAAGCAGAAACUACUCUAGAGUUGCUUUGCAGUUUCCAGAUCAUCUGAUAAAGGAUUCUAUAAGAGUUGUUAGUUCCUUAAACGAUAGACUUCAGGAUACAGACACUAGGUUAUAUGUGAUGGCUGAUACGACUUUUGGGAGUUGUUGUGUUGAUGAGGUUGGAGCAGCUCAUGCUAAUGCAGAUUGUGUUAUUCAUUAUGGACAUACAUGUCUCAGCAAGACAUCAACUCUUCCAGCUUUCUUUGUUUUUGGAAAAGCUAAGAUUAAUGUGACUAGAUGUGUGGAGAAGUUAUCUAAUCAUGCCCUUACAACUUCCAAACCCAUUUUGGUUCUCUUUGGACUUGAAUAUGCUCAUGCAAUACAGGAUAUAAGAAAAGCAUUGACAGAUGUAGCUUCAAGGUUGCAUGACUCAGAGUCUAGAUCCGUAUUUUAUUAUGCUGAUGUAGUUUCUACCAUUAUCGAGCCAUCAAAUACAACUUCCAAUGGGAAACUGGAGCGGGUUGUCUGUUCAACCGAUACUGGAGAUGCUAAAGAAGCAGUUACUUCUAAAUAUAGUAUUGGAGGCUUGACAUGGAGUUUGCCUAAAGAACUCAAAAUAGAAGAUUGUUUUCUUUAUUGGAUUGGUGCUGAUAACUCUUCUUUUUCAAAUGCUGUGCUCACAUUUAAUGAAUGUGAAAUAAUCAGAUAUGAUGCUGUAGAAGAUUUUUGUGUAAGCGAUGUAUCUCAACUAAAAAGGAUCCUUAAACGCAGAUAUUAUUUAGUGGAGAAAGCCAAGGAUGCUAAUAUUGUUGGAAUUUUAGUAGGCACUCUUGGUGUAGCCGGUUAUCUUCAUAUGAUCAAUCAAAUGAAAGAACUGAUAAGUGCAGCUGGAAAGAAGGUCUACACUCUUGCAAUGGGACGACCAAACCCAGCAAAGCUUGCCAACUUUCCCGAGUGCGAUGUUUUUGUAUAUGUUUCCUGUGCACAAACUGCUCUCUUGGACAGCAAGGAAUUCUUAGCUCCAGUUAUUACUCCUUUCGAGGCUAUGAUAGCUUUCAACAGGGGAAAACAAUGGACGGGAGCUUAUAUGAUGGAGUUUCAAAAUCUAAUAACUUCAUGUCCAGUCGAAGUACAAGAAGACCAGAUAGAGGAAGCUCGAUUCUCGUUCCUUCAAGGAGGAUAUGUAGAAGAUGUUGAUCUACAACAAGCAGAUGUGACGAAAGAAAAUGAAGGUGGGCCUUUAAGUUUGGUAAAAGCAAGUGAAAAUGCUCUUCAAGUGCGCGAUAAAGAUUCUCGGUCAACAAUAGUAAAGUCCGGAGCAGAAUUCCUGGCUGGGCGAUCUUAUCAAGGACUUGAUUAUCGUAAAAGCAGUUUGCCACCACAACCGUUAUUAGUUGGUCGAAGCGGAAAGGCAUCUGGUUACAAAAACGAAAACAUCAACUGAAAAACCCUAAUCCAAGACAAAAACUAAGUUUGUUGUCGAGUUUUGUCCUGAAUGUGACAUUAUUAUUAUUUUCUUUCUGAAGUAGGGAUCGUAUCUAAACGAAUCAUGACAUCGUUAUUACAUGUUUAUUAUUAAUAUUAUGGUUAGAAAGAACACAUGAUUUGCAUUGUCUAACUUCACCAUAUACAUAUGAUUUGCAUUUCACAACUUCCCCCUUUUUAUGUAUAUUAGGAGAUGUGUAUCAAUUAUCAAACUUACAUUAAUUAUUAUUUUCCCCCAA